AUGGGUUUUAGACGAUUUAAUGAUGAUGCAAUGUUGCUAGUCUCCUCUAUGGUUACAUCAAGCUGUAGUGAUCCUGAAUGUAAAAAUGGAGGGAUAUUCGUUGGUUUUGACGUAAAUUCUUGCAUAUGCCAACCUGGAUUCUCCGGAGUGCUCUGUGAAAUCGUCGAUUAUUGUGUUUCUGAUCCCUGUAUGAACGGAGGAACCUGCAUCAGUGGAACAAACGGUUUUACCUGUAAUUGUCCAGCGGGUUUGGUGGGUACAACAUGUGAAGUCGUCGAUUAUUGUGUUUCUGAUCCCUGUAUCAAUGGAGGAACCUGUAUCAGUGGAACAAACGGUUUUACCUGUAAUUGUCCAGCGGGUUUGGUGGGUACAACAUGUGAAGUCGUCGAUUAUUGUGUUUCUGGGCCCUGUAAAAACGGAGGAACCUGUAUUAGUGGAACAAACGGUUUUACCUGUAAUUGUCCAGCGGGUUUGGUGGGUACAACAUGUGAAGUCGUCGAUUAUUGUGUUUCUGGGCCCUGUAAAAACGGAGGAACCUGUAUCAGUGGAACAAACGGUUUUACCUGUAAUUGUCCAGCGGGUUUGGUGGGUACAACAUGUGAAGUCGUCGAUUAUUGUGCUUCUGAUCCCUGUAAAAAUGGAGGAACCUGUAUCAGUGGAACAAACGGUUUUACCUGUAAUUGUCCAGCGGGUUUGGUGGGUACAACAUGUGAAGUUGUCGAUUAUUGUGUUUCUGAUCCCUGUAUAAAUGGAGGAACCUGUAUCAGUGGAACAAACGGUUUUACCUGUAAUUGUCCAGCGGGUUUGGUGGGUACAACAUGUGAAGUCGUCGAUUAUUGUGUUUCUGAUCCCUGUAUAAAUGGAGGAACCUGUAUCAGUGGAACAAACGGUUUUACCUGUAAUUGUCCAGCGGGUUUGGUGGGUACAACAUGUGAAGUUGUCGAUUAUUGUGUUUCUGAACCAUGUAAAAAUGGAGGAACUUGUGUCAGUGGAGCAAACGGUUUUACCUGUAAUUGUCCAGCGGGUUUGGUGGGUACAACAUGUGAAGAUCGUUCCUGUGGAUUUGAAGAAGACAAUGAACCUUCCUGUUUUCUUCAUACACAGGAAUGCUGCUGGUUUAGAGGAAAGGGGAAAACAAAUACGCCUGGAACUGGUCCAAAAGGAGCUUAUAAAGGAGAGCAUUAUCUUUAUUUUGACGCAUCAUGUGGCAAAAGUGGAGAAAAGUAUUGCAUAAGCAGCUCCGAUGACAUUGAAUUUGAAAGUAAGACCUACCGUCUGACAUUGUAUUACCACAUGAAAGGCGAAGGAAUGGGAACAUUUUCGAUAUUUACGUCCAAGUCUGGAGCUGCAGACAACGUUCACUUUUCAGUGAGUGGAAAUAAAAAGAAUAAAUGGCACAAAGUAGAACUCCAAAUCCCUCUGGAUCCAGACACAAAAAUUGUCCUAGAGGCCACCAAAGGGAGCUCCAGAAGAGGAGACGUAGCUAUUGAUGACGUCAUUCUUGCUCCUUUGUGAUGUGUUUAGUCUGAUCUAUUAGAUUAUGACGUAGACAAAAAUGGGACACCAGAAAUUCCACUCAUCUGUCCUCU